AUGUCCACUUCUAGUGAUACGACCGGACGGACAAAUUAUAUCAAGCUCUAUCUCAUGGCAAAAAUGAUGCGCGGGUUCAGUCUCUUUGGCAUUGCCCUCGGGAGAGCGAUGGGUCGUGUCGAGCGAGUCGAGCCGCCUCAAGAGAUCGUCACAAUCCCGUCUACGAAAGGAAAGAGGACUAUUAGGAUACAUAUUUACCGAAACAAGGCCGCAUUAGGACUCACAAACGGAACCUCUGCGGUCCAUAUCAACUGGCACGGAUCUGGGUGGAUGCUUCCCUUACACGGUCAGAAUGGCGGACUCAUACGCACGAUCCUCUCCUCGGAUCUCCUCACCACAGAUGCAUAUCCAGUCACCAUCUUCGACUGCUCCUACGCACUCUCUCCCGAACACCCAGCGCCCGCACCGUACGAAGACGCGCGAGACGUGUACGACUAUCUCAUGAAGAACGCGACAAAGUUCAACGUUGACAUGGACCGUGUCACCCUCAGUGGGACAAGCGCAGGUGCGACUCUCGCCCUUGGUCUGGCUGUCAAGCUCGCCUCUGAGCAGGUGCACAGAGAAGGGGGAAGCGCAGAGACAAGAGUACAUCCGAUCAAGGGCAUAUCAGCAUUUUAUCCGCCCGUCAAUUGGUUAGGCGAGCGUGCGACUCGACGUGAUCACUAUCGCCCACUUUUUCUCCCCAUCUUCUUCUCCACUUUCACCGAGGAGGAGACCAAGCGGAUCGAAGAGUUGAAGAGACGAGUCGAGAUUUCCCCUGCACUUGCCCCCACCCGUGAUUUCCCACCAAUCUUGCUAUUGUGGACAACGGAGUACGAUCACCUGUCUGUAAAAGCGGAGGCUCUGCGUGAACGGCUGCAAAAGGACGGCGGGAAAGUGGAGGGAAAAUACAUCAAAGGCGUUGGGCACGGUUGGGACUUGGAGGUACAGAAGGAUCAAUUCGGAUAUCAAGAUAGAAUGGACGCAUACGAUGAUACAGUCAAGAUGAUUGCACGCGUGGGUAGGCUCAUUGAAUCCUAG